AUGAGCACCUCGGCGGCGGCGGCUCCCGUCAGGCUGAUGCCCGGCGGGCGCUCGGAGCAGGCGGCCGCCGCGCCGCCCGCGAGGCUCCUCUGCGCCCCCGCCGCGGGCCCGGCGCCCGACCGGGGCAGCCCCGCCGCCAAGGUGCCCGGCGGCCCGGCGCCGUCCGCCGCCCCGCAACCGCCGCGCCUGGCGGCCGCCCCCGCGGGGGCCCCGGUGGCGCGGGUGGCCGCCCCCGGGGGCCCGCGGCCGGUAGCGCCCAAGGGGCCGCCCACGGCCACCCUCCAGUUACCGGCCAACUUCCAGCUGCCCCCAGGAACUGUUCUUAUCAGAAGUAGUAGUGGCCAACUAAUGCUAGUAUCUCAACAAGCAAUAGCACGAGCACAGAACCAGCCACAAAAUAACACAAGCGUGAGAUCAUCUGUACCAACCAGCACACCUGCAGUCAGAAUAUGUGCUGUACAGAACUCUGGCACCCAGUUACUAAAGAAAGUAGCAGCUACUCCUGUGAAACCAUUAUCUCAAACAACAAAUGCUGUGGCUUCUACUGUUCAGCCACCUGCUGUAAUACAGCCAGCAGCUGCAACAGCUAGUGUUACUACAGUUACUGCUGUAAAGCCUUCGAGUACUGGAACACCUGUAAAACUUCCAGUUACAGGACCACCUGCACAAGCUAUCUCCCAAAAGGCAGUCUCUGUGAAAGCAGAGGGCACAACAGUAGCACAGACCAGCGCUUCUACAGAGAUGCUAGAGAAUGUGAAGAAAUGCAAGAAUUUUCUUGCUACGCUAAUAAAACUGGCAUCUAGUGGACCUCAGGCCCCUGAGAUGGGGCAGAAUGUGAAGAAUCUGGUGCAAAAUCUAUUGGAAGCAAAAAUUGAACCAGAAGAAUUUACAAAAAAGCUAUACAUAGAGCUCAAGUCAUCUCCACAACCAUAUUUAGUUCCUUUUCUCAAGAAAAGCAUGCUUGCCUUACGGCAGCUAAUGCCCAAUGCUCAGAGCUUUAUCCAGCAGUGUAUGCAGCAGCCAGCUCUAACCCAAGAAGCUGUUUCGGCUUGUACCUCUGCAGCACCAGCUCCUUCAAUAGCAGUGGCAACCUCAGCUGUAGCAACAACUUCUCUUCCAGUUAUAAAACCAGUAUCUGCCUCUGUAACAGUCACAGCCUCUCCAGUUAUAAAACCAGUCCUUGCCAGCGCGUCGGUGACAGCUUCUCUGCAGACUGUGAAGCCUGUUCCUUCCUCUGCAGUGGUGACAGCAUCUCUUCGGCCUGCAGCUUCAGUCCUCACCACAACGAUAGCAACAUCAGGGCUGACUGCUAUCCAAACUGUCAAGCCGGUCUUCACCUCGGCGGUAGCAACGUCCUCUCUGCAGUCUGCAAAGCCAGUGCUGGUCUCUACAGUGUCACCUUCAGCAACAACCCCUCUCCAGCCUCUGAAGCCAGUCGUUGGAACCCCAAUCAGUAUUAAAAUCUCACAGCCAAACUGCGUUGUUGCGCAGUCAGUGGGUGCUCAGCAGGUGGUUAAAGUGAAACAGUUGGUCGUCCAACAACCAUCAGGAACCGUUGUAAAGCAAGUAUCCACACUCCCGCAAACCUCAACGCUGACCCUACAGACGUCUGCUGAGGAAAGGAUGCCGCUGAAUACACUUGUUCAAACUAACCAGUUUCCUGCAGGUUCCAUUCUGAAACAAAUUACCCUGCCAGGAAAUAAAAUUCUGUCGCUUCAAGCAUCUCCUGUUCAGAAAGCUAAAAUAAAAGAGAAUGGAGCAACAUCCUUCAGUAGAGAUGAAGAUGACAUAAAUGAUGUGACUUCUAUGGCUGGGGUCAAUCUUAACGAGGAGAAUGCAUGCAUUUUGGCAACAAACUCUGAGCUCAUUGGUACAGUGAUCCGCUCUUGUGCAGAUGAACCUUUUCUGUCCUCAGAAGCGCUUCAAAAGAAGAUCUUGAACAUAGGUAAAAGGCAUGACAUUAUGGAACUUAACUCUGAUGUUGUGAACUUGAUCUCCCACGCUACACAGGAGAGAUUACGAGGGCUCCUAGAAAAACUAACUGUAAUUGCUCAGCACAGAGUAUCAACCCACAAGGGGAGUGAUAGGUACAUCGUAUCUAGUGACACCAGAGCACAACUGAGAUUUCUUGAAAAGCUUGAUCACCUAGAAAAGCAGAGAAAGGAUGAAGAGGAACGUGAAAUGUUGCUUCGAGCAGCCAAGAGCCGUUCCAAUAAAGAAGAUCCAGAGCAACUGCGGUUAAAGCAGAAAGCGAAAGAGAUGCAACAGUUGGAGUUAGCACAAAUGCAACAAAGAGAAGCCAACCUCACAGCUUUGGCAGCCAUUGGACCAAGGAAGAAAAGACCAUUGGAUUCACCAAAUGUUGGAUCUGGGCUGGAGGGUUUGAAUGGCAAUGGAAUUGCUCCUGGAUCAUCAGGUUUUAGCCUCACGAAACAGCUGCUCUGUCCAAGAAUAACCCGCGUCUGUCUCAGGGACUUGAUAUUCUGCAUGGAACAAGAGAGGGAGAUGAAGCAUUCUCUAACCUUGUACCGUGCUCUUCUGAAGUGAUUUGAAUUUUACAUUUCACCUUGCUGUCUACUGCCAAAGAAAACACUGAAGCAUUGUUGCACUGUCUUGAAAUUCCAAUUUCUGGGAAAUGAUCCGUUGUAAGGAUAACUCUUGUUUACAGAUAAACAUUUUUAUUAAAUACCUAACUCAGCACCUGUAGGGUUUUUAAUAAUAUUUGGCUUAAACCAGUCUGUAAACCAGUGAAAACACUGAGCUGCACACACACAAGCACCUGACUACCUGCUUGCAUUUAACUGUCUUGCAGGCUCUGAGGGCUUGAUAUGUGUCCCUAGUUUAUGUAUGUCGCUUGCUUCAGUACUCCAGAGUCUGCAACAUCUGUUCUACAUGUAGUGCCUUCUUCUAAUCCAACCUUAUUUAGGGAAACAAGUAACUUCAAAGGCACUGCAUAGCACGGCAACUGUAUUUAAUCAUGAACCAGCAGUCAGUCAACAUGCUAAUGUAUUGCCUAUCUGACUCAGCAUCUCCUUAAAUUUUCUGGGUUUAGAAUUGCUACUGGUUGCUUGUUUGUGGAGAGCAAAGUUGCAAGGAAAAGGAAUGAGGGGUGCUUUCUCCCCACCACCUUGCCUCAGCUGCCCUCCCCCUUUCCUCUCAGAAAGUGACUGAGGGAAGGUAAACAAAUUGGUCGUUCCUGUGAUUUAAGUACAUCAGACAGUGUAGUUAGGGCAUCCUUCGAUGUUCGGGGGAAAUUUGGAGUUACUAAACUUGAAUACAAGGAGUGAAAGAGCCUAAAAAGGAAGGGUAAACAGAAGAAACAGUUUAUCUUUCUGUAGAUAUAAAAAAUAGCAUUGAACUUGAGCGUAGAUGUAGAAAGAAAUGAACAAAAGCAACCUGUGCUGACUGCAAAAAAGGGGGAAAACUUGAGAUGCAUUGAAACUUUGCAGCUGGAGACUCUUAAGGAGAAAAGCAGUGUUUGCAAAGCACAGGAUUCACUGCUUUAUUUAGAAUAUUGCUUUAAUACCUUAAUGUGGUAUAACAGGGAAACUUCCCAAAUAGAAAGUAUUUAGACAGUUGCCUGGUUCCCGUUCAGUGAGGAGGAGGGCUCCGGAUUAUUAAGACUGCUAGAAUGGAUUCAAAGAUUUUCUGCUUGCUGGUAAAGACUGCCUUGUGGUGGAAGGAAAACCCUCUGGGUCACCCUUCUCCCCAGCCUCCAGACGUUUUGCCUCCCAUGACACAGUGCUGUAUAGCAUGGCUGUUUCCCAGGACUGCUGGGAAAGGCACUGACUGUAUUGAAUGGCUUCCUGCUGAAACUUUUUUCUUUUAAGGAACAAGCUUCCUAUGGUUAUUUGGCAUGCUACUUCAAAACUUGAAGCGAUGAUUCAAACGCCCUCCACAGUCAGAACCACUGCAGAUAGUUACCAAAUUCAAUAAGUUUUGAAUCAGUUAUGGGUUUUUUUGUUGGAACAGUAGUAAAAAAAAAAAUCUAGUAAAUGA